AUGAAAAGAGGAGAAAAUUUAAUUAAAAAAAGAAGAAAAAAGACAGAGAAGAGAUAGAGAGAGAGUGAAAGAGAGAGCACACUAAAACUUGAAGAUCAUUUCAAAGUUGAUACAGGAAUUCCUGAGCAGCCCCGUCCCAUUUAACAAUCUCACCAGAUCUUUACAAUAUUAUACUGAUUUACUCACUUCAAAUGCUCUAAAAGGUAAAUAGGCUUAUGAUGGCAGCUAAUCCUGUGUGUGGGGCGGAGUUGGAGAAUGGUCUUCACGAGCCACUCGUAAUCUCUGAAAAUGUAAUUGGGACAUCCAAUGGGAACUUGGGGAUUGAAGAAAUAAGUGUUAAUCUUGAAGAGGCUGUGAAGCUGGAAGAUCAUUUUUCAGUCUCUGACAAAGAAAUCAUUCAAGAACCUGUUAUGCAACCAGAAUGCCACUCUACUGUCACAGCUGAGGCGCCUGGGGUUAAAGGGUCUAGUGAUCCUAAGAAUUUGAAACCGCAAAAGGUCACAGGGAAGGCAAAGAGUGGUAAAUCUUUAAGCCCGAAACCGGUCUCGUUGGCAGGUUUGAGUAAGAGCAUAGAUGGGAAAAAAGUGCCUAAAUCUUCUGUUGCUUCAAAUGGUACCAUUUCUUCAGAAUCAGUACGUGGAAAGACUCCUGCUCUUAAAACAAAAGCUAAAUCAUUCAAUGAGAGGGAAGCUUCUGAUAGUUUGAAAGCAACGAAUGUUCAAACUGUUUCUAAGCAGCAACGACAUCCUGUUGCAAUGACGUCUUCCACUAGUGAAACUCUGCCAGAGGAUCCCACGGAGGAGGAGACAAAGGCAAAGGUUGUUAAGAAAGGCCCUGCUAAUAAAGCUGAAGAAAAUUCCGAGUCUUCUCUUCCUUCUGAUGAUGGCAAGCCCCGCAAACUGGGUACUCUUCCUGCGUACGAUUUCAAUUUUAAGUGUGAUGAGAGGGCUGAGAAAAGAAGAGAGUUCUACACAAAACUCGAGGAAAAAAUUCAUGCAAAGGAAAUGGAGAAGAACAAUUUGCAAGCCAAGACUAAGGAAUCUCAGGAAGCCGAGAUUAAAAUGUUAAGAAAGAAAUUGGGUUUCAAAGCAACACCGAUGCCAAGCUUCUAUCAGGAACCUGCACCUCCAAAGUUGGAACUGAAGAAGAUACCUACUACAAGAGCCAAAUCUCCCAAGCUUGGUCGAAAGAAGACUUCAUCUACGGCCGAAUUGGAAGAAAAUGAUGCCCCCAUUGCUCGCCCAAGUAGGAUGAGCUUGGAUGUGAAAUUUUCGAAAGGUAAUGUUGCCAAGACGCCACCUCCCGUUGCCCUUGUCAAGAAGCCACUACGAAAAUCGCUUCCUAGGUUGCCCUCCGAGACCUCCACCUUGUCCGGUGAAAGGAAGAAGGCUAUAGCUCAGAAGACCCCGGCUUCCAAAGAAGCAGCAGAAUCCAGACGCGAUAUGAGUGAAGCUGCAUCUGCACAGAAACAGGAGGGCGAGACUGGUGCUGAGGCAAAUGGGAGUGAGAUGUGCAUGGAGAACAACGAAGCUGCUCUGGAAUCACAAGAACAAGAUAGUUUGGUGCACGAGCCGAUUGCAGUAUGAGGUGAAAGAAUAGCUCCAAUGCAGGCUAUGCAUCUUUUCUGAAAACGACGACGAUAGUCUAUAUUGGAGCAAGGCAUGGGAGUAGAGUGUAAGGGGUGCCGGUGUCUCAUUUUAUUACCCCUAAGUCAGCAAUGAAGUUUGGUUGUUUGAUAUGUUUUUGUUAUGUGUUUGCUGAGUGUGGAGAAUUUGUUAUCCUAAUUUAUGGUUUAGGGCAUGAUUGUCACCCGAGUCAGUGAAAAUUUUGGGGUGUUGGAAUGGAUUCCAUCUCGAAAACAGCCUCUCUCUUGCUUUUCCAUUGUUGAUAUAAACACAAGUUAUCCUAAUUUCUUUCUUGUUUUCA